GGGCGGGCGGCGGGAGUCUGCGUCUCCGGUUCCUGCCCCGCGACCCAGGCGGCGGCGGCCGGGAGUCCCGGGAUGGCCUUCAUGGAGAAGCCGCCAGCCGGCAAGGUGCUGCUGGACGACACAGUGCCGCUGACAGCAGCCAUCGAGGCGAGCCAGAGCCUGCAGUCCCACACGGAAUAUAUCAUUCGGGUGCAAAGAGGAAUUUCUGCAGAAAACAGCUGGCAGAUUGUUAGAAGAUACAGUGACUUUGAUUUGCUGAACAACAGCUUGCAGAUUGCAGGCCUAAGUCUACCUCUUCCUCCUAAAAAGUUGAUUGGUAACAUGGAUCGUGAAUUCAUAGCUGAGAGACAGAAAGGUCUUCAGAACUAUCUCAAUGUUAUCACCACAAAUCACAUUUUGUCUAAUUGUGAGCUGGUUAAGAAGUUUUUAGAUCCAAACAACUAUUCUGCAAACUACACUGAGAUUGCCUUACAACAGGUUUCCAUGUUCUUCCGAUCAGAACCAAAGUGGGAGGUGGUAGAACCAUUGAAAGACAUAGGUUGGAGGAUAAGGAAGAAGUAUUUCUUGAUGAAGAUUAAAAAUCAGCCAAAGGAACGGCUAGUGUUAAGCUGGGCUGACCUUGGCCCAGACAAAUACUUGUCAGAUAAAGAUUUUCAGUGUCUAAUCAAACUUCUUCCUUCCUGUUUGCACCCUUACAUCUAUCGGGUUACCUUUGCCACAGCUAAUGAAUCCUCAGCAUUGCUAAUUAGGACGUUUAACGAAAAAGGAACUUUGAAGGAUCUGAUCUAUAAGGCAAAACCAAAAGACCCAUUUUUAAAGAAGUACUGCAACCCUAAGAAGAUUCAGGGCCUUGAACUCCAGCAAAUAAAAACAUACGGACGACAAAUAUUAGAGGUAUUAAAGUUUCUUCACGACAAGGGCUUCCCUUAUGGGCAUCUUCAUGCCUCCAAUGUGAUGCUAGAUGGGGACACUUGCCGGCUGCUAGACCUUGAGAAUUCCUUAUUGGGCCUUCCAUCCUUCUACCGAUCUUAUUUCUCACAAUUUAGGAAAAUCAAUACGUUGGAAAGCGUGGAUGUCCACUGCUUUGGCCACUUACUAUAUGAAAUGACUUAUGGACGACCACCAGACUCGGUGCCUGUAGACUCCUUCCCUCCUGCCCCGUCCAUGGCUGUGGUGGCCGUGUUGGAGUCUACGCUGUCUUGUGAAGCCUGUAAAAAUGGCAUGCCUACCGUCUCCCGGCUCUUACAGAUGCCAUUAUUCAGUGAUGUUUUACUAACCACUUCUGAAAAACCACAGUUUAAGAUCCCUACAAAGUUAAAAGAGGCAUUGAGAAUUGCCAAAGAAUGUAUAGAAAAGAGACUAAUUGAAGAACAGAAGCAGAUUCACCAGCAUCGAAGACUGACAAGAGCUCAGUCACACCAUGGAUCUGAGGAAGAAAGAAAAAAAAGAAAGAUUUUAGCUCGAAAGAAAUCAAAACGAUCUGCUAUUGAAAAUAGUGAAGAGCAUUCAGCAAAGUACAGCAACUCCAAUAAUUCAGCAGGAUCUGGGGCCAGCUCACCUCUCACAUCCCCAUCAUCGCCGACUCCACCCUCUACAUCAGGGAUAUCUGCGUUACCUCCACCUCCUCCACCUCCGCCUCCACCACCAGCAGCUCCCUUGCCUCCCACGAGCACCGAGGCGCCUGCCCAGCUCUCACCCCAGGCUGUGAAUGGUGUGAGCCGAGGGGCCUUGCUCAGCUCCAUCCAGAAUUUCCAAAAAGGAACUUUGAGGAAAACUGAAACCUGUGAUCACAGUGCUCCUAAGAUCGGCUGAAGCUUCCUGUUUACACUUGGAGGGAAAAUGUCUUUUUCUUUUUUUUUCCUACUCACCCCCACCCCCUAAAGUAUCCUCUUCCUGGGUAAAUAAUUGCUGAGCCAGUACAACCACGUACAGCACUAUUUUGCAGAUGGUCAUGUAAGAGGUUUUUCAAGAGAGAAAUAUUCUUCGAGUAGAAUAAAGUUAGGCUGGCACUGCUGCCUUAAGAAAUAUUUUGCUCCUUUAUUAUCACUGUAAAGGAGUUUUAUUCAUCCUCUUAACAGGCAUCUUUUGGGGGCAGCAGCAUAUUGGAAUCAGUAUUUUCACCGACUAAAGGAAAUGGACGGAAAAACAAUGACAACGUUCAGUCACAGCAGUGAAUGGCCUUUGCGUUGCAAUCCCUUCCACCCCGUCAGACAGCUCCUAGAAAUGUUCCUCUCACAGUUCAUUUCUCUGAAGCGUUUUCUGGUUAUUUCUUAGAUAACUCCCAUUUUUGCUACCCUUAUCUUAGACGUUAACACUGUAGCCCAAAGCAUAGUUCUGUUGCCGAGUCAGAGAAGCAACUGAGUUCUUCACUUUCCCCUCAAGUAGGAUGGGGAAAUUUCUUAAAAUAUUCUCUUAAGUUCUAACAGGAAUACCAUUGUGAUUAUAGAACUCAGGGCUGCUAAAGCAACUACUUUAGACCUAUAGUUCUUUUUAGUUAGAAUGUAUUGAAACAGACAAAAAAAAGUUAAAAUCAGAAAACCUCUUGCCAAUUAGAGGAUCUUUGUAAUCCUCAGCAAUUAAGUCCACUUUGGGGCUUGGGGAGUCAUUAUUACAAUGUCAGUAAAUUUGGCAUCUAUAUAGAAAACAAUUCUGACUUAUGAAAGACUUAUCUAAAUACAUCAUCUUUUUAAUGUUGCUCAUUUAUUAGAAAGAGCCUUCAUCCUAUGAUUUGCUUAAACCUUUAAAUAAAUUGCACUUUAAAGGAUUAUAAAUAAUCCAUUUAAAAAUUGAAGUACACACAUCAGUGUUGGUUACUAUGCAGAGAGAAUGUCAUUGUGUAUAGUUUCAUGUAAUCUGUCAUAAAUGUCAGCUGUAUUUUUUAUUAAAAUAAACCACGUCAAGAAAAUGUGUUGUGUGUAGGUGGGCUAGAUAGUUCAAAUGAGAACUUUUUGUAGCAUCUUUUGUAAACAUACAGAUUCACACAGUCUCUCUAAAGUUUCCUUCCUAUCU